AUGGGCGAUGAAGAUUUGUCCGAUUAUCUAGUCACAUAUGACCAUUGGUCAAAUGAUACUGUAAGAGUAAGUGUGCUUCUGCCUAAUGAUUCCCUAUACUUGGGAGCGAUCCCUCGAGUUGGGCCUGCAAUUGAACUAGCCAUCCAAAAGAUACAAGAUCAAGGGACGUUACCGGAAUGGAAAUGGCAGGUGAAAUACAGAGACACCAAAUGUAGUACCUCAGAUGGUCCGAUGCAAGCUUUUAGGGCUUUUACCGAGCAACGCUUGCAUGUUUUCUUUGGCCCAUAUUGUGACUACGUCAUAGCACCUAUCGCACGGCUACUGAAGUUUUGGAAUGUGCCAAUGCUAACCGCAGGUGCUCUGGCUCGAGACUAUGGCUUCGAUAAGUCCACGUUUGACAAAGAAUUUUACUUGUUGACCCGAACUGGUCUUUCGUUCAAUGGUGUUACUUCCUUCUUGUUGGCCAUCUUCAGACGUUUUGACUGGCAAAAUGUGUUAAUAACGUACGAGGAGCUAGCUCGACCACAAAUUGCCCGGGAAGACUACUGUGUCUUGUUGACGAAGGCUCUUGUUGCAGAAUUUCGUCUGUUAGGCAACUUCUCUUUUCAGCCCUUUAAGCUCAAGAGUAACAUUUCAGCAGCCGAGUCCCGAAAUGUUCUGAAGAAAGAAGUGGGAACUAAAUACGGAGGGGCUUUUGGUGUGACUAUACAUGCCAUUUUCUUCAGAUUGGCAAAGUUAAAAAAGGUGGUAGUCUUUUCUUUCAGGUUUUUUUUUGGUGAAACUAUACAUGCCAUUUCCUUCAGAAAUGCUUCAGAUUGGCAAAGUUAA